AUGUGGCGGCUUACAGGCCUCUUACUGUUCGUGACCAUCUGGGGAGUUUCCAGCGCACCAGCUCCUCCCGACUCAGUGUUCUCCAGCCACCGGCAUGCCCACCAGGUGCUGCGGAUCCGCAAACGCGCCAACACCUUCCUGGAGGAGCUGCGGCCCGGCAGCCUGGAGCGCGAGUGCACAGAGGAGACCUGUGAAUUUGAGGAAGCUCGGGAGAUUUUCCAAAACAUGGAAGACACAAUGGCCUUCUGGUCCAAGUACCACGACGGGGACCAAUGCGCGGCCCCGCCGCCGGCGCACCCGUGCGACAGCCCGUGCUGCGGGCGCGGCACGUGCAUCGACGGCCUGGGCGGCUUCCGCUGCGACUGCGCGCAGGGCUGGGAGGGCCGCUUCUGCCUUCAAGGUGAGGGGCGGCGGGCGGCGGGCCGGGGAGCUCCCCGGGGCCGGGGGCGGGGCCGGGCGGCAGAGCGCCGCGCUCUCUCGGCGCCCUCCUGCCGGUCCCCCGCAGAGGCUCGAUUCUCCAACUGCUCGGCGGAGAACGGCGGCUGCGCGCACUAUUGCUUGGAGGAGGAGGGCGGGCGCCACUGCCGCUGCGCGCCCGGCUACCGCCUGGGGGACGACCACCUGCUCUGCGAGCCCAAAGUGACGUUCCCUUGUGGGAGGCCAGGGAAGCGAAUGGAGAAGAAACGCAAGAACUUGAAACGUGACACAGACCAAGUAGACCAAGAAGGCCAAUUAGAUCCACGGCUCAUCAGUGGGCAGGAGGCCGGAUGGGGAGAGAGCCCCUGGCAGGUGAUCCUGCUGGACUCGAAGAAGAAGCUGGCCUGCGGGGCGGUGCUCGUCCACGUCUCCUGGGUGCUGACAGCGGCCCACUGCUUGGACGACCGCAAGAAGCUCAUCGUCAGGCUAGGGGAGUAUGACCUGCGGCGCUGGGAGAAGUGGGAAGUGGACCUGGACAUCAAGGAGGUGUUUGUCCACCCCAACUACACCAAGAGCACCAGUGACAAUGACAUCGCGCUGCUGCACCUGGCCCGGCCCGCCACUCUCUCGCAGACCAUCGUGCCCAUCUGCCUCCCAGACAGUGGCCUGUCGGACCGCGAGCUCACCCAGGUCGGCCAGGAGACGGUGGUGACAGGCUGGGGCUACCGCAGCGAGGCCAAGAGAAACCGCACCUUCGUCCUCAACUUCGUCAGGGUCCCCCUGGUCCCGCACAAUAUGUGCGUUCUGGCCAUGCAAAACAAGAUCUCCGAGAACAUGCUGUGCGCCGGCAUCCUGGGAGACCCGCGGGAUGCCUGUGAGGGCGACAGCGGGGGGCCUAUGGUCGUCUCCUUCCGCGGCACCUGGUUUCUGGUGGGCCUGGUGAGCUGGGGCGAGGGCUGCGGGCGCCUCAACAACUACGGUGUUUACACCAAAGUCAGCCGUUACCUCGACUGGAUCCACGGCUACAUCAACGCUAAGGAGGCCCCCCUCCAGAGCCAGGUGCCUUAGCGUCUUCCCCACUUGCGUCUGGACCCCAGAGGACACCCUUGGACGGGGGCUGGGUUGUUGAAUGGCCAAGAUGUUGGACAUUAAAAAGGGCAUGGAG